AUGGAGAGAAGGACAGACAGUGUCCCCGGCUUGACGCGCCUCCUCGUUGCAGUCUUGCUGGUGCUUGUGGUCUGCGCCAACCCGAGCCAGGGUACGCAGGACAACGACACCCGGGCACAUGGAGACGAGGAGCACCAGCAAGGCAACAGCACGGCGCACCGAAAGGCUUUCCCGGUCCUGUCUUUCAACUACGAGUACGUCCGGAAGCCCUUCGAGAUCUCGCUAUGGAUCCUACUUGCGCUGCUCAUGAAACUCGGCUUCCACGUCAUUCCCAGAGUGUCCCACGUAGUCCCCGAGAGCUGCCUGCUGAUCUUCGUAGGGCUGCUGGUGGGCGGCGUCAUCAAGGCCAUCCGGCAGACGGCGCCCGUAUUGGACACCGAUCUCUUCUUCCUCUACCUGCUCCCGCCCAUCAUCCUGGACGCCGGCUACUUUCUCCCCAUCCGACCAUUCACUGAGAACCUGGGCACCAUCCUGGUGUUCGCCGUGGUGGGCACCCUGUGGAACGCCUUUUUCGUGGGCGGUGCCAUGUACGGCGUGUGCCAGCUGGAAGGGGGUCAACUGAGGGGCGUGGAUCUGCUGUCCUGCCUGCUUUUCGGCUCCAUCGUGUCAGCCGUGGACCCCGUGGCCGUGCUCGCCGUCUUCGAGGAGAUCCAUAUUAACGAGCUGCUCUACAUCCUGGUCUUCGGCGAGUCUCUGCUCAACGAUGCUGUCACUGUGGUGCUGUAUCACCUGUUUGAGGAGUUCUCCCACGCCGGCGUGGUGACGGUGGCCGACGCCCUGCUGGGCGGGCUGUGCUUCUUCGUGGUGUCGUGCGGCGGUAUCCUGGUGGGCGCCAUCUACGGGCUGCUGGGUGCCUUCACGUCGCGCUUCACAUCACACACGCGCGUCAUAGAGCCGCUCUUCGUCUUCCUCUACAGCUACAUGGCCUACCUGUCGGCAGAGGUCUUCCACCUGUCGGGCAUCAUGUCGCUGAUUGCGUGCGGCGUGGUGAUGCGUCCGUACGUGGAGGCCAACAUCUCGCACAAGUCCUACACCACCGUCAAGUACUUCCUGAAGAUGUGGAGCAGCGUGAGCGAGACCCUCAUCUUCAUCUUCCUCGGCGUCUCCACGGUGGCGGGACCCCACGCGUGGAACUGGACAUUCGUCAUCGUCACCGUGGUCCUCUGCCUCGUCUCCAGAGUGCUGGGUGUAGUGGGCCUGACGUUUGUCAUCAACAAGUUCCGCAUUGUCAAACUGACCAAGAAGGAUCAGUUCAUCGUGGCCUAUGGUGGCCUACGAGGCGCCAUCGCCUUCUCGCUGGGUUUCCUGUUGACGGGCAACAAGAUGAAAGACUUGUUUCUCACCGCCAUCAUCACCCUAAUUUUUUUCACCGUCUUCGUGCAGGGGAUGACCAUCAGGCCUCUCGUGGAACUAUUGGAAGUAAAGAAGAAGAGGGAGUGUGACGGCUCCAUCAACGAAGAGAUUCACACACAGUUUCUGGAUCAUCUCCUUGUGGGAAUCGAGGACAUCUGUGGACAUUACGGACACCAUCACUGGAAAGACAAGCUGAGCCGCUUCAACAAGGCCUACGUGAAGAAGUGGCUGAUUGCGGGCGACCGCUCGACCGAGCCGCAGCUGCUCUCCUUCUACAACAAGAUGGAGAUGAAGCAGGCCAUGAUGAUGGUCGAGAGCGGCGGCGGCGUCAGCAUCUUCAAACCGCCCUCGAUGGUGCCGAACAUCGAACCCACAGCCCCAUCCCGGCGCAAGACCGUCAUCUCCAAAAGUCGCGAAAUGGAAGUCCGAAAGAUGUUGCACUCCAACAUGCAGAAAAACAGACAACGGCUUCGUUCCUACAGCAGGCACGACCUGAUGAUGGACCCCUUUGAGGACGACGUGAGCGAGGUUCGCUUCAGGAAGCAACGAGUUGAGAUGGAAAGGAGGAUGAGCCACUAUCUGACCGUGCCGGCAAAACGGCCGGAGCCACCUCCCUCAGUGAGACGGGUCGCAUUCGAGCCAGCACACAGAGUUUACACGUAUGAUGACGGCGAGGGCACCCCAGUGGAGGCCCGCCGGAACGCCUCCAACCCCGUCAGCCUGCUGAACGAAUCCGGACGCGGGUUCCAAGAGGAGGAGGAGGAGGAGAAGGAGGAGGAGCAGUUCAAAGCAUUGCGCCGUCUCAGUGACCCCGGUCCAAAGUCGUAGCUCAAGAGAUUUUUAUUCAUUUUGUGGGCGAUUACUGUACAUGAGUGUGUACGUUUUUGGGGGGAAAUUAUUAUUAUUAUUUAUUUAUUUUGCGCUUGUUUGGAAUUGCUAGAGACGCCAAAUGGGUGGAGUUUACCCUUGAAAGCACAUGCGUAGUGUGGCCACCAAAAAAUGCCUGUGUUGAAAAACUUCAUUUAUACAUAUUUAUAAUCUGGUAAAUGUUUUUUUUUUCCUCAGGGACUGUUGAAAUGAGACUUUUUUGUUUUGUAUGUACACAUUAAAAAAAAAAAGUGUUGCAAACAUUCCUCCAGUUAGGUCAGCUCUUUAGCAUUCACAAUGAAUUUUUGCAGAAGUUGCAAAUUUUGUUAAACUGUUUACUCAUCCCAGCCGGCAAGGAUGUAUAUCAGUAUCUUGCAUAUCUGCCACUGCCUGAGCUAAAACUGCCUGCAUGUUUGCCUUAAAAGAAUGUUUAGGUAUGUGCUGCCAAGAGUAUUUUUAUAUUUUCAGCCGCAAAACGUAUUGAUUGGAGACUUGUUUCAGGAUUUGAGUGAAAAUAAAGGUUUGUACAUGAGAAUGUGAUUUUUGUUCUUAUUUUAAUAUAAAGGUUUGUGACAUUUU